GACUGAACCAGAGCGCGAGGACAGCAGCUCGCUCGACCAUGGAGAACCGACACCAAGUGGCUGCACCUGCACGAGGCGAGGUGUGGGCCGAGAUGAAGAAGCAGGUGCGCCUCGCCGCGCCGCUCGCCGCGGGGUUCCUCCUGCAGAAGGUGAUCCAGACGAUCUCCAUCAUGUUCGUGGGGCGGCUCGGCGAGCUGCCUCUCGCCAGCGCGUCCCUGGCCACCUCGUUCGCCAGCGUCACCGGCUUCAGCCUGCUGACAGGCAUGGCGAGCAGCCUGGACACGCUGUGCGGGCAGGCGUUCGGCGCGGCGCGGCACCAGCUGCUGGGCGUGCACAAGCAGCGGGCGAUGCUGGUGGUCGGCGCGGCGAGCGUCCCCGUGGCGCUCGUGUGGGCCUACACCGGCGACAUCCUGGUGUGGUUCAGGCAGGACCGGGAGAUCGCGGCGGGCGCCGGCAGCUACAUCCGGUGCCUGAUCCCGGCGCUGUUCCUGUUCGGGCAGCUGCAGUGCCACGUCCGGUUCCUGCAGCCGCAGAACGUGGUGGUGCCGGUGAUGCUCAGCUCCGGCGCCACCGUCGCGCUGCACGUGGCCGUCUGCUGGCUGCUGGUGCGCAGGCUGGGCCUGGGCGCCGACGGCGCCGCGCUGGCCAACGCCGUCUCCAACCUCGCCAACCUGUCCGCCCUGGCGCUCUACAUCCGGCUCUCGCCGUCCUGCAAGGACACCUGGGCGGGGUUCUCGCGCGAGGCGUUCCGCGGCAUUCUCGUCUUCUUGAAGCUCGCCGUGCCUUCGGCUGCCAUGGUCUGCAUGGAGUGGUGGUCCUUCGAGCUCCUGGUUCUGCUUUCCGGCCUUCUCCCUAACCCCAAGCUUGAGACCGCCGUCAUGUCGAUCUGCUUCAACACUUACGUCUUCGCAUUCAUGUUCCCAAUGGGGCUCGGUGCUGCAGCAAGCAUACGCGUCUCCAACGAGCUUGGUGCAGGACGGCCACGCGAGGCCCGCCUGGCGACUCGGGUGGUCAUGCUCCUGGCCUUCUCCCUGGGCGUCUCGGAAGGCCUUGUCAUGGUGCUGGCGCGCAGCCUGCUCGGCUACGCCUACGCCAACGACAAGCAAGUCGCCUUGUACACCUCUAGGUUGAUGCCGAUCCUCGCCGCCUCCACCCUGUUUGACUGCCUCCAGUGCGUCCUAUCAGGUGUUGUCAGGGGCUGUGGCCGACAAAAGAUGGGCGCCUUUAUCAACGUUGCGGCAUUCUACAUUGUCGGCAUCCCUGUAGCGUCCGUUUUCGCCUUCGUUCGUCACCUCGGUGGAAUGGGUCUUUGGUUUGGGAUCUUGUGCGGAGUAGCAGUGCAGAUGAUCCUGCUUCUUUGCAUCACCUUGUACACUAACUGGAACAAAGAAGUAUCGAAGGCAAAUGACAGGCUUUUCAGCUGUUCUCUUCCUGUCAACGACACCAUAACAUCGGGUGUUAGCGAGCAGGGAAAUGGAUGUAGUUUUGUUGGGAACAAGGAUGGUGCUAAUGGAGACAUUGAGCUGACAAGUGGUCUCAACAAAGGUUGAUGGCUACAAUGCUACUUUUCUACUCAUCUAUUUAGCUUAAUUGUAGGCUGGUAAAUAGCAUCCAGUGGAAUGUACGUACUCACUGCUUAGCCUUCAGUUGAAAGCAGCAAACCAUGGUGGUCGU